AUUGAAUUAGGUUAAUAAUAAUAGACUAAAUCUAUGACACAAAAAAUGACAAAUUUCAUCGUCCAUGACAAGAAGAAUUACAAUAAAGUAAAUAGUAAAAAGAAUAAGAAAAAGAGCAGAGGAUUGAAAAGUAAGUAUCAAUGUCCCCUCCAUCUCUUGACCAGUUCCUCAACAACUCUGCAAUUUACAGUAGUACAAGACAAAGUAUAAGGAAACCUCAAAGCAUGUCUGGUUUCUGGAACAGAUUGAUAAUUAAAAACAACUGGAGCUGAAAUGGUGUUAAGCAGAAAUGGCAGAAGGAAAAGAAUGAACCCAAACCAAGGUGUUUUGUUUGGGUCCCACCUUCAAAUCUGUGACAAAGACGGCAGUUUCGUUGCUUCAUCUUCCCCCUUUUUCUUAUUUAUUUAUUUAAAUCUCUCUUCCUAUUGAUUUUUUUGUUUUUGUUUUUGUAAUAUUAUAAUAAUAAUAUAGUAGAAAAGAUGGGAGCUUUGUUUGUAUUAUGGCCGUUUGUGAGUUUCUCUCCUCUCAAAGCCAAAAACAAAGUCUUCUCUUUCACACCUUUCAAUCUCAGAAAAUAGAAAAAGUAAAACGUGGGGAGAAGAAUUUAGGGUUUUGACAACACCAAGUCCAACAAGGUCUGUUUUUUUUUUCCUUUCUUUUUUUGGGGGCACUUUUUCCCUUUAUUUUUCUCUUAAUGAGAGUGUUGUUUCUGCUUUGAUCCUUGUUGAGUCUCUGGGUGAUCUGGAAGUUGAAUUUUCGCUGAUUGGUCUUUCUUUUCUUUAACCUUUUUGGUUUAAAGAUCUAAUGUUUUAGUGAACUUUGUUGAUUUUUUUUUUUUUUUGGUUUAGCUAAUCUGGGUUUGCAGAAUUGGUGGUAAUAUGGAGGAGGUUGAGGAAGCUAACAAGGCAGCAGUGCAGAGUUGCCAUAGAGUAUUGAGUCUUUUGUCCCAGCCUCAAGAUCAAGUUCACUACAGGAAUUUAAUGGCUGAAACAGGGGAGGCUGUUUUUAAGUUCAAGAGAGUAGUUUCUCUUUUAAACUCUAGUUUGGGACAUGCAAGAGUGAGGAAACUGAGGAAAUUACAAACCCCUUUUCCUCAAAGCAUCUUUUUGGAUAAUCAACUCCAUAACCCAACAGAUUAUCCAUCCAAGGAUUUGCAGCUCGGUUACCCUCAAGAACUUAGUUCACAUGCUAAGAGCUCUCUCUAUUUGGGAGCCCCAUGUUUGGAACUGAGUUCGAAUGGUAAAAACCCUCUUCCACUCGCCCAACAGCCACCUCCUCCUGCCCACUAUCAUUUCCUCCACCAACAAAGGCUACAGCUCCAACAGCAUCAAGCUGAAAUGUUGUCUAGGAAGAGUAAUAGUGGGAUUAACUUCAACUUUGAUAGCUCUAGCUGCACACCUACCAUGUCAUCAACUAGGUCUUUCAUUUCUUCUCUGAGUAUAGAUGGUAGUGUAGCUAACAUGGAUAGUGGGAAUGCCUUCCAUUUAAUCGGCGCACCUCGAUCCUCGGAUCAGGUUUCCCAACACAAAAAGAAGUGUUCUGGUAAGGGAGAAGAUGGGAGUGUCAAAUGUGGAAGUAGUGGGAAAUGCCACUGCUCAAAAAAGAGGAAACAUAGGGUAAAGAGAUCAAUCAAGGUUCCUGCUAUCAGUAACAAGCUUGCUGAUAUUCCUCCUGAUGAUUAUUCAUGGAGGAAAUAUGGGCAGAAGCCAAUCAAGGGUUCUCCUCAUCCCAGGGGAUAUUAUAAAUGUAGCAGUAUGAGAGGUUGCCCUGCGAGGAAACAUGUGGAGAGGUGCUUGGAAGAGCCGGCUAUGCUUAUUGUUACGUAUGAAAGUGAGCACAACCAUCCAAAGUUACCGUCACAAGCAACGACAUAAUCUCAGUGGAAACAUUGCUAAAGAAUUCGUCAAGUCUUUCAAUGUUCAAUCUGGUCAUGUACAUAUUUUGCAUGGUUCAAGCAUGGGAUAAAUAGGAUCAGUUUCUUUCUUCUUUUCUCCCUUCUUUUUGAGGGGCUUUGGAAGGUUGGCUUUCCAAGCCUUUUCUAAAAAUUCGGCAGCCGACAUUAAAAGCCUAGUGCUGGACCAAGAUGCUGUAAUUGGUAUACAUUUUAAUUUUUUAUGAACAAAAGGGGUUGUGGGGCUGCCUUUCUUUUGUGUGCAACAUGGCAUGAGAUGGAAGUUUGGCUGCUGCUUGCAUGUCUACGCGUGAAUACGUUUGGAACCAAACCAAAAUUGUCGAAAAUUUGUCCAAGCUACCAAGUCUUGGUCAUAAUUUUUCAAGUUUCUUUUCACUUUUCGGGUUAUAUGUGUCAUCUCCUCUGAACUUUAAAGGCCAACAAAGGAUUUGCAGUCUUGUACAUACAGCUGGAAACUUCUGAAUAAUGACAUAACUAGGGUAUACCUACCAAACCGAUUGCGUUCAAA